CUGGGGUGAGUCUGGCAGCAUUUUAAUUUUGAUUUGGAAAUGGCCCUCAGACAGACAAGCCAGUGACUAAACUGAGAGGCAGAGGAGGAAAAACACGUUGCUUUCCAAGCAGAUCACCAUAAAUGUCUAAAUUACCUGCACCGACAACGCUGGGCACGGAAAGCGUUUGAUCUCUAAUUAAGGCACAGAAAACAAGGCUCUGGGCUGGAAGGGGGAUGCCACCAGCAUGGAAACGGGGAAGGAGCAUUGCAGCACCAAAUCAAAGCCUCUUUCAGGAGCAGGGAGUGUUUUCCAUGCAAGAUGAGCUUGGUAAACACGUGGGGAGGGUGCCCUGGGCUGUGCUGGGCUCUAUAAAACCCGGCCAGCUGCAGGUCCCUCAUCCACUUCUCCUGCCUUCUCCUCCUCGGUGAACCAGGUGUGCCACCCCCAGCCAUGUCCUGCUACGACCUGUGCCGUCCCUGCGGCCCCACCCCGCUGGCCAACAGCUGCAACGAGCCCUGUGUGAGGCAGUGCCAGGACUCCCGGGUGAUCAUCGAGCCCUCGCCCGUGGUGGUGACGCUGCCCGGGCCCAUCCUGAGCUCCUUCCCCCAGAACACCGCCGUGGGCUCCACCACCUCCGCCGCCGUGGGCAGCAUCCUGAGGGAGGGAGGAGUGCCCAUCAACUCCGGGGGCUACGGCCUGGGCAGCCUUGGUGGCCUCGGUGGCUACGGCCUCGGUGGGCGCUACUGUGGCCGGAGGUGCCUGCCCUGCUAAAGCCUGAGCCCAGCGAGGGCCUCGCCCAGGGAGCCCAAAGCCGGACUGAGGAUGGAGCUGCUGGCCAGCGCUCGCCCAGGGCUUUCCUCCUGCUGCCCAGGAGGGAGGCAGAGGUGGCCAGCUGAUGUCUCGUGCUUGUCCU